CCACAACUCCCAGCAUCCUCCCGGAGGCCCAAGCCGGCCAGGCUAGUAGGCGGAGUGAGAUUGUAAAUGUCUGCGGAAGCUGUGGAGAAACGUUCCUUCGGGAUAGCAGCAGCUGAGGAGGAAUCUGCCGCCCUGAUAGAACAAGAUGUAGCGCGCGGCCUGGAGAACUUUGCUGUGAGAGUGUGGCCUCUGGGGGCGGGGCCCAGGCCUAAGCCUUUCCAGUAUACUCCUGAUCACGUGGCUGGGCCUGGAGCAGACAUCGACCCCACACAGAUAACCUUUCCUGGGUGUGCUUGUGUCAAAACUCCAUGUCUCCCUGGCACUUGUUCCUGUCUCCGCCAUGAGAACAACUAUGAUGACAAUCUGUGCCUCAGAGACAUAGGAUUGGAAGCAAAGUACGCCAAACCAGUUUUCGAAUGCAAUGUCCUCUGCCAUUGCGGUGAACACUGUAGAAACAGGGUGGUCCAGAAUGGUCUGCAGUUCUGUCUCCAGGUGUUCCAAACGGAUAAAAAGGGCUGGGGACUUCAGACCUUAGAACCUAUACCCAAAGGAAGAUUUGUCUGUGAGUAUGCUGGGGAGAUUUUAGGGUUCUCUGAAGUACAGAGAAGAAUUCACCUACAAACAACACAUGACCCAAAUUACAUCAUCGCCAUCAGGGAGCACAUUUAUAAUGGACAGGUCAUGGAAACUUUUGUUGACCCUACCUACAUAGGAAAUAUUGGGAGAUUCCUGAAUCAUUCUUGCGAACCAAACCUGUUGAUGAUUCCUGUCCGAAUUGACUCAAUGGUACCUAAGCUGGCACUUUUUGCAGCCAGAGAUAUUUUACCAGGAGAAGAACUCUCUUAUGACUAUUCAGGAAGAUUCCUUAAUCAAAUAAGCAGUAAAGACAAAGAAAGGAUAGAUCAUGAACAACUGAGAAAGCCACAACUAAGAAAGCCUUGUUACUGUGGUGCCCCAUCAUGUGCCACCUUCUUGCCCUAUGACAGUUCACUAUACUGCCCCUUAGGAAAACCAGACACCAGUUAGGAAGGGAGGUCCUGCCUGCCAGCAUCUCUGUGAACAUAAACCAGAAGGAAUCAAGCAUUAAGUGACCAUCUGCAUCCUACUUUCUCUCUGGAAAACAACCUACCCUCAAGGGAAGUGUGUGGUGGUAAUCUAAUUGUACUGAAAUAUUAUUUUGAUUGUAUGUUAAUAAAUAAAGUUGUCUGGGGGUCAG